UCUGGAAGGACAAACAAGACAGCUGUCCCCUGGUCACUAUAGUUUCACUUGAAGCCUGUAAACGUCACACUCGGUGAAGGGAAUCCACAUUAUUUUACUGUAACUUUACAUCAUUCAUGUUUGUGUAGAAUAUCACACCUCCCCGGUUGUUCUGUUCCCAAGCAGCUGGAUAAAGCAUUUUUGCAAUUCCUGUAGGUGCUGAGAAGGAUUCGGACACGGUGAACAAAAGAAAAAAGAGGACUUUGGUCCAGUGUACGUGUCAGUCGGGAUCAGCGUGGGUUUUAUGUGUGCACGAGGCCGUGAAAGGAUAACAAUGAAUGGAAAAUGUGCGCAGAGGAUGGAGCCACCGUCUAACACAGAUAACCGCCCUUAAAUUGGCAGCCAAAACCUCCCCGGACAGAAACUUCGUCAUCAAGCUAAGAGGAAAAAGGUAUGCGUGAGUGUCGCCGCCAGUGACGUCCGGGGUGGCCGCUUCCUGUCCCUUCUGCAAAUGUAGCCGUGGGAUGCGAAGAAAGCCGCAAGAGAGGACAACAGAACCAUGCUGAAGAAUGACCAGCUGGUCUACAUUGGCCUGGAGCUGGUGAUCGCCUGUCUGGCCGUGGCCGGGAACAUCCUGGUGUGCUGGGCCGUGUGCCUCAACUCCAACCUGCAAAGCAUCACCAACUUGUUCGUGGUGUCGCUGGCGGCGGCCGACAUCGCCGUGGGCCUGCUGGCCAUCCCUUUCGCCAUCACUAUCAGUACUGGCUUUUGCGCCGACUUCCACGGAUGCCUCUUCAUUGCUUGCUUCGUCUUGGUGUUGACCCAGAGCUCCAUCUUCAGCCUGCUGGCCAUCGCCGUGGACCGAUACGUCGCCAUCAAAAACCCACUCAGGUACAAUAGCCUGGUAACAGGCCAGAGGGCGAAGGGCAUCAUUGCAUUGUGCUGGCUCCUCUCAGUGGGCAUCGGCCUGACACCGAUGCUGGGCUGGAAUAAAGGAUGGAACUCCACCUCCAGCAGUUGUCCCGAAGGCUUGACCGAGUGCCUCUUCGAGGGCGUGGUUACGAUGGACUACAUGAUCUACUUCAACUUCUUUGGCUGCGUGCUGCUGCCCCUGGUGGUCAUGCUGGUAGUGUACGCUCAUAUCUUCAUGGCUGCCCGGCGCCAGCUCCACCUGAUGGUCCUCAAAAAGGUCAUCCCCGUUCCCUCUCCCGCUGAAAAAAGGUCCUCGUUUCGCUCCACCCUGCAGAAGGAGGUCCACGCUGCGAAAUCACUCGCCAUCAUCGUGGGCCUGUUUGCUUUUUGUUGGCUCCCCGUGCACAUCAUCAACUGUUUCAACUACCUGUGCGACAGCUGCCAGCGUCCGCACAUCUGGGUGUUGAACAUCGCCAUCAUCCUGUCCCACGCCAACUCCGUCGUCAACCCCUUCAUCUACGCCUAUCGCAUCCGAGAGUUCCGACAGACGUUUCGGAGGAUCCUCCGCCAACACAUUCUCGGCCAAAGGGACGGCCACGGCCGAGACACAAAUAGCAGCAGCAUCAAGCGAACGUCCUCGCACAUCAGUAAAGAUGACACGUCGUGCGGCACCGUGGUGAACAGUUACGUCCUUGACUCCAUUCAGUGGACGUCGACUUUGGGCGCUCUACCAAACAGUUGUAUACCCAAUGGGAACCUUGCAGCACAGCAGCAGCAACGCACACACCCGGAAGGGACCAACAAUGUCGAAAUGAGAGACACGAGUGGAAGUUGUAUUUCCUUUGUCAAUGUUCAAGCUCUCUCCUUCAUACGUACCCAUUCCACAGAAUUAACAGAAGUGUUGUAGCAAAAACUAUAUCACCAGAGUUAAUCAGCAUAACAUGGCUAAUUGUGCGAAUGUGAAAUAUGGAAAAAUAUAUCUCAUACAUUCUAAACACUUUUUUCAAAAUAAAGAUAAUGGAAGUAAAUACUCUAUAAUCUGUUCCAUGGCCAAACGGCAGCCUCCAUGAAAAACACUUCAGUCAAUAUCACCAUAAAUUGCCUUUGAUAACUUUCCCCAUUUCACACAAAAACUGAGAUUUUUUUCUUUCCAUUCCAUGUAUUAAGUGUAUAUGCAAUGCUGUUAGAAUUGCAAGCUCACACUUUUGUUGUUGUUGUUUUUAAUAAAUUAACUUCAAGCAGACAAAGUACAUGCAAACAGCAAAAUAUUGUGUGAAUUCUGUUGCUGGACAAUGACGGCGUGGACAUUUUUGGCUAAUGUUAACAUUUUAUGAGCACAUGGUAGCGACAUGAUUCAGUUAGAAAGCUGACUGUGUCCUGUUCAACAAAUUUAUUUCAAAUUUAUGAAAGGUUUAAAAAUCAAUUGAUAUUUCACUAUGACAGAGUGGACAUACAAUGUUUGAUAACUCCACAAAUAAUAUGAUAAAAGUAUGCAACAUAAAUGCUUACGCUGCAUCUACGCACUAUUGCAGCCUCCAUUGAAAAUGACAAAAUGCUUUUCCUAUGGUCAUAAUGUCACUGAAAACAGAUUUCUAAAGGGGCCGUUACUCCAUAAUGACAGGGUGGACCGUAAUUUCAGCGACACAUGCAAAAUGUUCGAUGUGAUAAUAAAACCAUGUUAUAAAAAUUCGAUUUAGUGUAAUUUAACCACUGCAGUGUGGGA